UCAGGAUAUAGUCACUCGCUGCUUCCGGUGUCGUGUUGGGCAGCAUGGCGGCGGAAAGUGAUUCACAGACUGUUUGGCCAGAAAUAGAAAAAGCCGAAAGAGAAAAUAGACGAGAGUUGGUCCUGCACGGCGCAGCAGUCGAUAAGAAGAUAGAGAGCUGCGGCGAAAUCCAUCCCAGACUGUACUCUCUGUCUCUCCUCAACUACCUGGAAGUCAGUCAGUGUCCGAGCUUACACAGCAUCCACCAGGACAUCAGGAGCCUGGUUCAUCUGCAGAGCCUGAUUCUCUGUAGGAAUAAGAUCGCAUCAGUGCCCAAAGACAUCGGCGAGCUGAAGGCGCUCAAAGUUCUGGACCUGUCGGUCAACGCCCUGCAGGACCUGCCCGAGGAGAUCGGUUGUCUGAGCGAGCUGACCACGCUCAACCUCAGCUGUAACAACAUCAGGGAUCUGCCGCUUGGACUCAGUCAGUGCACGAAGUUGUGCAGCAUCAAUGUGUCUAAAAACGAGCUGACCCAACUUCCAGAAGAUCUCUGCUCUUCCUCCAGCCUGGAGCUGCUCAACACUCUCAUCGCCUCAGAAAAUGCAAUAGAGCAGCUGAGCAGUGAAAUACACAACCUGUCCGCACUUAAGGUUUUGGACCUGUCCAACAAUAAGCUCCAGGAGAUUCCAUUCGAGCUGGCUGACUGUCCCAAGCUGAAGGAGAUCAACUUCAAAGGGAACAAGCUGAAAGACAAGCGGCUGGAGAAGAUGGUGAACGGCUGCCAGACCAAGUCUGUUCUGGACUACCUGAGAGUGGGAGGCCGUGGGAAGGGUAAGGGCAAGCAGGACGGGGAGAGCGCUGAGAGGAGUGAUAGGAAUCGCAAUGUCUCCAAGAAGAAGAAUGCUCAGAGGCAGAAGAAUAAGACAGAGGAAGAGGAAGUGGAUGAGUUGAAGCAGAUGGUGGUCAGGAUUCUGCAUGUGUCUGAUUCCCCUGCUGCAGUGAUGGUGAAAGUCUCUCCACAGGUGAAGGAUGUCCGGCCGUUUAUCGUGUGCUGCAUUGUUAAGGGCAUGAACUUGAAACCAGGAAAUGCAUUCAAGAGGUUUCUUGUAGCUCAGACUAAGCUUCACGAUGAAAUUUGUGCCAAAAGGACGGCAGCUACCAUCGCUACUCAUGACCUGAGCUUACUGAAGGCUCCUCUGCAGUAUGAUGCCAGACCUCCUGAUGUUCUGAGGAUAGUUCCUCUGGGUCGUAAGGAGAUGAAAGCAGGCGACCUGUUGAAGAUGCUCCAGCAGGAAGCAGAUGAACAGAGGAAGCAGAAGAGACGCCAGAAUGUGUCAGGCCUCCACAAGUAUCUUCAGCUGCUGGAUGGGAAAGAUCAUUACCCUUGCCUGGUGGAUGCCGAUGGUCAUGUGAUCUCAUUCCCUCCAAUCACAAACAGUGAGAGGACAAAGAUCAAAAAGACAACACGUGAACUGUUCCUCGAGGUGACGAGUUCUACCAAUCUGCAGAUCUGUAAGGAUGUUAUGGACACACUGAUUAUAAAAAUGGCUGAGCUGAAUAAGUUUACCUUCGACCAUAAAGAGGAGGCUGGAUCAGAUGGGGAAAUGGAUUCAACUUCUGACCCUUUGGUGGACAGCUCAGCCUCACCUGAGUUGAGUGUAGUGCAGGUGAAGGUGUUGGAUGCUGAAGGCAAUCUGAAGGUUGUGUACCCAUCCAAAACUGACCUGACCUCUGACGUUAGCCACCUGACCAUCGUCCGGUAACCAAAUUCAACAAGAAAACUGCAUCAAAAUAGCAGAUAUUUAUCCCAACGCCAGGAAAUACACUGUUUAAGCAGUCAGAAAAUUUGUCACUUGGCUUUCUUUAACCUUUGUCUGUCCUUCUCGCCACAUCACAAUUAUGUAUCUGCAGCAGUUUCUGUACAAGGUUUAACACUAUCAUUAAACCAGGAUUUAUUUUUGUGAUUAAAAAAAUUAUUACUGUU